AUGACGCCUCAGGUCUUCCAGUUCGACGAGGAACAUGCGCCGGCCGGCUCUAUAUACUGGGAAAGUCGCGUACUGGUUGUUGGCGACGACGACCUUGCCAGCAAGCUCUCCGCUGUUCUCCGAGUCGCUCGCGGCAGCGUCGUCGUUGCGUCUGACGGCGCAGCGGGGCUUCGCCUUUUGACCUCGACGCACGAGUUCACUCUCGCGUUGGUGGAUCUGCUGAGGAUCGAUGCAACGCUGGUUCGCCAGUUCCGAACCUGGGAGGCGCAUGAGGGCGCAGCCCGUGCACGUGUCGUCGCUGUCUCGCACAACGCCGCCAACGUCCAUCGUGAGCAGGUGCUCGAGGCUGGUUUCGACGACGUGCUACUUGUUCCGACGCCAGUGCUCGCGUCGCACGCCUGGCUACUGUCCGACUCGGAGGAUAGCGCUUAG